AUGACGCCCAUCAAUGGCGACUCCGAGCUAUCAGAUGCUCCUAGCAUACUCAAGACUCCAUUCACUAUCGCGAAAUCACGGCCAGCUCUCAGAGGCCGGCGAAGAACACACGAAACAAAGAUACUCGCCAAAGAUCUGAGUCAGAGGAGGACGAUUCGACGUCCGAAUCAAGCUCGCCAGCAUCCGACGAAUUUGAGAGGAUCUCUCGCACACCUCGCCUCUUUACAGGAAGAUCUACAUACCAUUGUAGAACGUCGCUGA